AUGAAUCGAUCGGUCGUGAAAGCCAACAUCGGAAUUAUUUUACAGGCGAUGGUUGCUUACUCUCAACGAACGAUGAAUCAUGAUGAUUUAAUGUUAAAACGUGAGAUCGAAAUCAUUAGUAAGGACGAACAAUUUGGCGGAACCAUGGAAUUUGCCGUAACUCAAAUGAAUGAUAUUGAAGCCACUCGUUAUGUACUCGUUGUCGAAACAAUAGUUGAUUCACUUGGAAGGGGACUUACUCAAAUGUUAUUGACAUUAAAAUCUAUGUGGGAUGUAAAUAAUGAUAAAAAGAUGGUGUACGGAUUCUUAACAACAGCAAUCAAUUGGCAACUAGUCACAUAUGAUGGUCAAACGUGGAAAUUAUCAGAACCAUCGACUCUUUUACUUGCCAAUAUGAGAAAACAAGAAGAUCGGUGGUUGAAAAACAAUACGCAAAUAUUGGAUGUCAUUUAUAGUAUUUUGGCGUCAAUAUAA